AUGAUCAACGCAUUCCUCGUCUUCAACGGCCAAGGCCAACCACGCCUAACCAAGUUCUACACCCAACUUGACACAUCAAUCCAACAACGCCUCAUCUCCGAAAUCUUCACCCUCGUAGCCAACCGCCCCAAAGGAUCCUGCAACUUCCUCCCCCUCCCGCCCCUCCUCGCCGCCUCCAGCACCUCCACCUCCUCGUCCGAACCACACAACGACGUGCCCUCCCUCGUAACCUACCGCAACUACGCGACCCUCUACUUCAUCAUCAUCUCGACAUCCACCGAGUCACCGCUCGCCCUUAUCGAUCUGAUCCAAGUAUAUGUCGAAUCGCUAGACAGAUUAUUCGAGAAUGUGUGCGAGCUGGAUCUGAUCUUCAACUUUGAGACGCUGCAUGCCACAUUAGGCGAGAUGAUUGUGGGAGGAGUGGUGAUUGAGACGAAUAUGGAAAAGAUUGUGCAAGGGGUGAGGGCGCAGGGGACGGUGGCCAAGAGGCCGGUUAAUGAGAGUAGGGGAGGGGGAAUGGGGUUGGGAAGUGGAUUAGGGGCUGGGCUGGGGAUGGGAGGGAAUUUUGUAUGGAGUGGACGAUGA